GUGGAAUGGAUUACUGGAAAAAGAAAAAAGAAAAAAAAUCUAUUUGAUCCGAAGAGAGAAGAUAAAAACAGAACUGCCCGGAAAAUUUGAAAACAGAGGGAAACCUAAGCAGACAAACAGAACGACGCUCGUUUUAAGCUGGUGGUAAUGGCGGUGGACGCAAAAUCAGUACCUUUAGAAGACCAAGAAGAACAAGAACGACAAGUGCAGCGCCAUGAUGCACCUGCACAUAACCCUUCUGCUCCGCCUGAUGAGUUAUUUGACAUCUCAACAACAGUAGAUCCUAGUUAUGUUAUCUCUCUGAUACGGAAGCUUCUACCGGCUAAUGCAAGUAAUAAUCACAACUCGCAUGGUGAUGUUUUUGAUGCCCAUGUGCGAGGAUUAGAUACUGAUCAUACAGAUAAGACUGCUCCCACUCUGUCUGGAGAUAGACUUCUGCACGUAUCAAAUGAUGGACCUGAGAGCAUGGAAAUUGCGGAUGAUUUUCAUAAAAGUGCUCCUGAUGAAGGAGAAAACAAUGGUUCAUAUGAUGGAGCUGAACAGUGUGACCAUGGUGUCCCAUUGGCUGAAGAGGCUUGGGAAGAAUAUGGUUGCAUUUUAUGGGAUCUUGCUGCAAGUAAAACUCAUGCAGAACUCAUGGUGCAAAACCUUAUACUUGAAGUGCUUUUAGCGAACCUUAUGGUUUCACAAUCUGUGCGUGCCACGGAAAUCACCCUUGGAAUUAUUGGAAACCUUGCCUGUCACGAAGUUCCCAUGAAACAUAUAGUCUCUACAAUUGGAUUAAUUGGAACGGUUGUGGAUCAGUUAUUUUCAGAGGAUGCUCAGUGCUUAUGUGAAGCCUGCAGGCUGUUAACUGUGGGUCUUCAAAGUAGUGAACGUUCAUCUUGGGCCAAAGAAUUGCAGUCUGAACAUAAUCUGAGCCGCAUUUUAUGGAUUGCGGAAAAUAGCUUAAAUGCACAGCUUAUAGAAAAGAGUGUUGAACUCUUGUUAGCCACCAUUGAAAGUUCAGAGGAAGUUGUGCUUAUUCUCCUUCCACCUUUAAUGAAGCUGGGCUUAGCAAGUCUAUUAAUAAAUCUCUUGGAUUUUGAAAUGAGGCAAUUAUUGAGUGAAAGAGUGCCUGAAAGGUACCCGGUUCUUGAUGUAAUCCUCCGUUCCAUUGAAGCUCUUUCUGUUAUUGAUGGUCAUUCCCAAGAGAUUUGUUCAAACAAGGAUCUUUUUCGGCUAGUUUGUGACCUGGUCAAACUCCCUGAUAAAGUUGAGGUUGCAAAUUCUUGUGUCACGGCUGGAGUUCUAAUUGCAAACAUUCUUUCAGAUGAACCAAAUCUAGCUUCAGAGAUAUCACAGGAUUUGCCUUUCUUACAGGGUCUGCUUGACAUAUUUCCCUUUUCUUCGGAGGAUUUGGAAGCUAGGAGUGCACUCUGGAACAUCAUUGCAAGGUUACUGGUUAGAGUUCAGGAAAAUGAAAUGAGCCGAUCAGCUCUCCAGCAGUAUGUUUCGGUUCUAGUUAGCAAAUCUGAUGUGAUUGAAGAUGAUCUUCUGGACUCCCAAUUAGAUGAAUUAAACUCAAAAGCUAGAACUACAUCUCUUAGAAGGAUCAUCAGUCUUUUAAAUCAGUGGACUGCUUCAAAGGAUGAUGACAAAGAGAAUGAAAUGAUGGGCAACCGACAUGCGGAUGAUAUAAACAUUGAUAGAUUGUUGGAUUGCUGUUGUAAGCAUUCUGAGCUAACAAGUCCUUUUAUGCCCCCUCCGUGUGAAGAAAAUCUAGGAGGGGAGAGAUGGAGAAGUUUUAAAGCAGUGUGUACUCCCUAUUAUCUUCUGAAAAAUGAAGCAGAGCCUAACUAGAUUAGGUCUAUACACAAGCAUUUUCUGGCUACCUCCUUGGGAGGAGGCCUGACUUUGGAUUGGGCGGACACCUUUGGCCAGGAGAAACUUUGGCAGUUGGUACUGGUAGGCUUUGUAGUCUGUUUGAAAUCCAAGCGAGGUUUGAAGAUGAAGAAGACGGAAGGGCAUUUGGGGCGAGAGGGCAAGAGUACUUGGUUGAAUUUAAUUAUUUCCAAGCCAAUCUUGUAAUGGUCAGA